AAGAAUUCCUUUUGCUGGGGUGUGGAGGGAGCAGAUAUUCUGGGAAACCUUUGCCAGCACUCAGCUGGGAUACUUGGUUCUUUUUAUGUUUUUUUCAACAGAAUUUAAAAAGGAGAAAUCUCAGAACUCUUGAUGUGAGACAAGUUCAGUUUUCCAGCUCUUUGCAAAAGUUUCUGUGAUAAUGUUCUUGGUGUGCCACCGCUCGUCCUCCCUGGAUCCAGUUUCCUCUCCGUCUCAGCUCAGCCGGAGCUGAUAAAGCGGGAUCUGGUACCAAUCUUUCUGAGGGGAUCAUCUUCAAGGAAUCUUCAACAGGAAAGAUCUGCUUUCUUCCUGCCUUGAUGAAACUGCAUGGCCUAAGCGAAUGAAUAUUUUCACAUUGCGCAUUGCACCAGAAAUGGGCCAGGACCAAACCAAGCAACAGAUAGAGAAGGGCCUGAAGUUAUAUCAGUCUAAUCAGACGGACAAAGCCCUGCAUGUUUGGACAAAAGUUCUGGAAAAGACCUCGGAUCCUGGAGGGAAGUUUCGAGUGCUGGGUUGCUUGAUCACAGCCCACUCAGAAAUGGGAAAGUACAAAGAUAUGCUCAAGUACGCCCUGGAACAGAUUGACACGGCUCGUGAAAUGGAGGACCCAGAUUACCUAACUGAAGGCUACCUGAACUUGGCCCGUAGCAACGAGAAGCUGUGCGACUUCCAGAAGACGGUGUCCUACUGCAAGACCUGCUUAAACAUGCAGGGCACCACUGUCAGCCUGCAGCUUAACGGCCAAGUGUGUCUGAGCAUGGGCAAUGCCUACCUGGGGCUCAGCGUGUUCCAGAAGGCCCUGGAGAGCUACGAGAAGGCCCUGCGCUAUGCACACAACAACGAUGACAAGAUGCUGGAGUGCAGAGUCUGCUGCAGUCUGGGAAACAUCUACGUUCAUCUGAAGGACUACGAGAAAGCCCUGUUCUUCCCCUGCAAGGCAGCUGAGCUCGUCAACGACUACGGUAAAAGCUGGAGCCUCAAGUAUCGCGCCAUGAGCCAGUUUCACAUGUCUGUGGCCUACAGGAAGCUGGAGCGUCUGGCAGACGCCAUGGAGUGCUGCGAGGAAUCCAUGAAGAUUGCCCUGCAACAUGGCGACCGACCUCUUCAAGCUCUGUGCUUGCUAAACUUUGCAGACAUACACCGCUGCAGGCAUGAUGUCAAUAAAGCAUUCCCUCGUUAUGAGUCAGCACUGGGCAUUAUGACCGAGAUUGGAAACCGUCUUGGUCAAGCGCACGUCUACUUGGGUGUCGCAAAAUGUUGGCUUCUGCAGAAAGAAUUUGACAAGGCUCUUGAAUCUUUGGAGCGAGCACAGGAACUGGCAGAUGGAAUGGGAAACAAGCUGUGCACCCUGAAGGUACACUGCCUUCGUGAAGGCAUUUACCGAAACAACAAGCAACAGGAGGAGCUCCGAGAGCAGGUGGUGAAGUUCCUGCAGUGUGUCGAGGAGCUGGAGCUCUACUGCGGCAUGUGUGGGGAGUCCAUCGGGGACAGGGACCAAAAGCUGCAGGCGUUACCCUGUUCCCACAUUUUCCAUCUCAAGUGUCUGCAGACAAACGGGACAAAAGGGUGCCCUAAGUGUUUCAAAUCUUCUAUCAAGCCUGGAUUUGUGUGACAUCCAACGACUGUUUACAUGUUAGUUCUGGAGACAUGGCGUGAUACCUUAAAGGCUCUUGACUGAGUUGAAGGCAGCAGACAGCUUUAUGAUGAGCUACAUUUCAUACCGGCUCCAAAGUUUGCUUCCCUGCACACAGAAUGGCUACUCUGAAUCAAGAGCGUCCCGAUCGGUUGCUUACAAGCACAGAUUAGGGCCUGAGUGUCAUUUAGACAUCAGUACAGGUUCAUCAGUGGAGAUACUGCAUAACUGACGGCGUUGAGUUGUGAGAUAAGCUGAAAAAUCAAAUGAGUUACAACAUAAACACAGGAUAAGGAUCACAAACUUCAAGUUAUUCUUGUUCUGGCUCAUGUUUGUUUAAGAGCUAUUUUAAAAGAUGGGAUGAACUUAUUUAUGAAAGAAUAAGUCUGAUAUUAAAAGAAACAAACAAACCAAACCAUGCGUAUUGUCAAAAUUCACCUCAAUCUUUUUCUUUUUUUUUUUAAUAGCAACUGCUUUUCACGUGACAGCACAGUCAUGCCUGGAUGUAAUGGUUUUAUUAUUGUUUUUAAUUCAUGUACAUAGUGUUUUCUUGUCAUUUUCUGGUAAACAUUUGAGUAUUUUAAUGUAUUAUAUUUUUCUAAAGCUAACUAAAAUCUCUUAAGCAUUGAAAAACUAGUAUGUCUUUACAAAAAAUGAUUCAUGCAGCUGUAAUAUAAUUAUUUUCAUUAUUUUUAGUGGGGAAGAAGGGCCUUGCAAACAAUCAUGUAGAUACACAGCUUCUUAUGGGAGGGGGAUAAAAUUCAGUUUAAUGCAUUAUUUGAUUGAUUGUUUAUAUCACUGGGGAAAAAUGGUGAAAAAAGGAUUGGCUUUUUUGAUUAACAGAGCCAAAAACAGCUAAACGUGUAACUAAGCAAUAGUAUAACAUUGAAAAGCAAUGUAUUUAUUUAUUUAACUGUUUAUUAGAGUAUUUCUUAAUAGUCCUUGCGUUUUAUAUUUUAUAUUCCAUGUAAAGGAUUUAUUUUUUCGCGUUUUUGUUAUAUGUAGGAAAAAUAUUAUCCUUCCCUUAAAAAAAGGCUUCUUUUUGUGGUUAGGUGUCUUUAAAAUCGGUUAAUUUGGAGUCUGUGCACCAAAAGUAGAAGGUGAUCUACUGCGGCUAUUUCCCCUCAGAACAUCAGCCUUUACUUCAUAGGGUUCAUCAUACACAGUCUGGAAAAAAAAUCUCAUUUAAUUUGUAUAUUUCCCAGGUUUUAAGACAUAAAGUAUACACUUAUUUACAGACUUUAUUCCAUUUGCAUUCUUUAAAUGCGCUGUCAUCUCAUCCUCUGUCCUUUCUCACUUCCUUGCCCAUAUACCCUUUUUUUUUUAGCUUUCUCUUCGCACAGCUUCUCUCAUUUUGCCUUUCCCUUAUUUAGUUUGCUCUUCUUCCUUAUGUCUUCCUUUACGUGAUUUUCAUGUCCUUUUUCCUCUGUCUUUCCUUGAUUCUUCAUAAUCAGCCUACAAAUUAUAGAAAUAUCUGAAGAAUAUUGAAGUGUUUUAUCUUUUAAAGUUAAGGAUAAAGGACUUUUUGUCUGGAAUAUUUAAAUAGAAAAAAAUGUGGAGGAACCUUGAAAUGACCUUUUAAUGUCUUUGUUUUACACGCUCUACAUGAUGAUGAAGGGAAGUUCACCUUUAUAGCAAACUAAUUUACCAUUUCUGCACAAUGAUGUGUUUCUCUGGACUUCAGGAAACUUGAUUUUCCCUCUGAAUACAAACUGGUUCUUGUUUGAUGUUUUAAAAAAAUGAUGACUCAUUGUGUGUACCUGCUAAGAUAGAUUUUAUUUAAAGUUAAUGCUUGUAGUCAGAAGAAAGAGAUUUUUCUGCCAGUUCCUUUAACCAUAUAAACUACCUCUGUUUUUGCCUCCAGUCUUUGAAAACAAGAGCAGCAAUGCCACAACCUCUGUUUCUGACUUGUUUUCUUUUUUAGUCAUGAUGAGUUCAGGCUUCAAAUAUACAGUUGGGAUAUAUAGUGAUACCAUGUUACUCUGUCUCAUAAGGACAUGUUUAAUUUUUGAAAAUAAAGGUCAGUUACAGUAAA